AUGAAAGCGAAUGCCGCAUUUGGAUCGCAUGCCGUUGCCAGGAUCAAACGUCGACUUUGGAGCGUUCCAUCUGUCCUGAUACUCCUCUGGAUCUUAAUCCUUUUCUGGGGAGAACGGUUCGUUUUCCAGCAGAGGGCGAGGGAGUGUCGGUGGCAGCAAUGGGAGACAUGGCCAGCCCAUGCUCAACCUCACCAUGUCCUCAUCGUUGCUGACCCUCAACUUGUUGAUCCACACACCUAUCCUGGCAGACCUUGGCCCCUAUCGUCCUUGACGGUUCUCUACACCGACCUCUACCUGCAACGCGCGUAUCGAUAUCUACAAGAAUACUUGCUCCCCGAUGCCACUCUGUUCCUGGGGGAUCUGUUUGAUGGCGGACGGGAAUGGGGAACCGCAGAGUCGUCCUCGCCAGAGAGACGGUACGAGAAAUAUGGAUCGGACUUCUGGCUGCAAGAAUACCUCCGCUUCUCGAAUAUCUUCUUUACGUCGUGGCUGAAGUAUCCGUCCGCGACUACAGCUGAGCCAGCUGGGCGGCGGAUACUGGCUUCACUCCCGGGGAACCAUGAUAUGGGCUUCGCCGCUGGCAUUCAAGCUCCUGUCAAAGAACGAUUUGAUGCAUAUUUUGGCCCACUGAACCGGAUCGAUAUCAUUGGCAACCACUCGUUUGUUCAUCUGGACACUUUGUCGUUGAGUGCUAUGGAUCAGGUCGACCCAGAGACGGGCAGUUCGGGAGCAGGGGAUGGGAGUGCCGCUGCGACUGCGUCGAGCAACAUUUGGAAGCCUGUCGAGGAGUUUUUGUCCGAAGCGAAAACUACCCGAGCGAAAGCGAUCCAACAUACAUGCGAAACGCGAUUCGACUGGAAGGACCCGAACCAACACUUCUUUGCUCCCAGCGUCGAGCGCGCUGCGACCUCUGACCCGGCAGACCCAGGCUCACCAUCAAGGUCCGCCAGCCUGGUGAGCUCGUCCCAGUUCCCCACCAUCGUGCUCUCUCAUGUGCCCCUUUAUCGGUCUGGCACUACUUCAUGUGGGCCGAUGCGCGAACGAGGCUCUGCCAUUCCCCUCCAGGCUGGCUACCAGUACCAGAAUGUCCUCACGCCCUUGAUCUCGCAGGACAUAGUCAAACACUUGACGGCGGAAGAAAUCGCCAUGAUCUACUCCGGCGACGACCACGAUUACUGCGAGAUCGAACACAACGAGUUCACCGGCCGGAUCAAGGAAAUAACGGUCAAAAGCGUGAGCUGGGCCAUGGGCAUUCGAGUCCCUGGUGUUCAACUAGUCAGUCUCUGGAAUCCCGUGGAUGUCGACAAGGUCAUGUCCGGCACCACUUCUCUCUCCACGCCGAGAGACACGGUCCAGAAUCAUCUCUGCCUUCUCCCGGACCAGUUGAGCAUCUUCAUCCGUUACGGCCAGAUGCUGGCCUUGACAAUCAUCCUUCUCCUCGUCCAUGCAGCGCGCUACAACCCGACCGAGAAGGCCGCUAUGCACCAGGACAAAUCUGAACCUUUGCUCCCCAUGUUUCGGGAACACCGUGAUUCGGCUACUUCGCAGACCUCCUCGAUCCACAAUCCCGACCAGUCUCUGUCGACGCGUAAGACGUGUGCCUAUGGGCAUGUCGCCCCGUCGUCGCGGACGCCGUCACCUUCGAAGCCACUGUCCACGGACGAAAGCAAUCGCGAUCAUCACAGCGACGAUGAUGAUGAUUGGGGGAUGCCCCGCGGUGCAGCCACAAGCGUGGCCUUCAUGGCAAAGAACCCGAGAAGCCGGGUUGCGUUCUUUGGCAGAUCGCUGUGGCGGAUUGCGUGGCCUGUUAUUGUGUUUUACGUCUGGUUGAUCUGGAAGGGAUGA